AUGAGGGCAAACCUGGCCCGUCAUGGCAGGCGAUUACUUGUCUGCCAAGCGAGGACGGCGCCAUCCUGCGCUUUGUAUGCGGCUCCGGCUCGACGAAGGCCAGUCGCACAGAGACCGGCGACACAUGUCAACUUCGAACGAACGUUUCUCGGCGGCUUGCUCCAGAAGAAGGCCCCGCGGGAGAUUAGACAGCCCGAGUAUGAGCCGGGAUGGCUGCAAAUCAUGGUGUGGAGGAGUCGCAUGCUCGACAAUGUCAGACCUCAACCUCGGCUUGAAUUGCUGGAAGCGUGGAAGAAGUUGAUGCAGUCGAAAAUCAACACCAAAAUGCCUUUCAACAGCACACAAGCUCUGCAGUGCCGCCGAUUAUUAGAAUAUCUUGCUGAUCCGGAAAACACCGAGGAAAAUGAAAAGGAUAGAAAGCUUGGCGCCGUCCACCUAGCGAUGGCGAGGCAAGUCCUCCUUGAGAUUGAUCCAAUCGAACGAACGCAGCAUCAUCUUGAUUUAGCAAAGGCUCUACAUUCCGUGUGGGCUGCGGGAAACUUUCCCAGCAGGAAACCCAAUCCCGUGGUGUCCCAGUGGGCCUAUCUUGUCAACGCUCUGAGUUUAUAUGGCGGAUCACUUGAAGCCGUACAGAUGAUGUAUGACAAAUGGGAACAGCCAGAUUACUUCAACUCCAUAAACCAGGGAGAGCGACUCUUGGAAGUCGUUGCAAAUGGGCUGGCAAGAGAAGGACACGAAGCCGAGCUGGUGAAGCUGGUUGAAUAUGCUGAAACCCACAAUGUCCCAUACAGUGCCAGAAUUCAGUACAUCGUGGUCAGGUUUUUUGCCGAACGAGAUCGCGUCACCGAAACGAAAUACUGGCUCAACAAACCGCUCAUGAGUGGCAACAUACAGGCGCAAGUAUACCGUAUCCUAGCGCCCUUUGCCAUGCGCAACGACCUUCAGGAGUGGGCGACUUCACUGUUCCUUGAACUCGGCGAAUCGCAGCCAUGGAAAAAAUAUUGGAACGCAUUGCUUCAAGCAAUACUCAUUACCAGGGGAAGCCUUGCUGAAGUGGACACCAUGAUGUCGCACAUGGUCGACGGCAGUGGAGAGAUAGCUCCGGACAUUCACAUAAUCAACGGGCUGCUCAGAGUUGCUGCUGAACAGCGAGAUGCCGCUCUAGGUGAAGAUAUUCUUGCACUUGCCGCCAAAAGAGGCCUUGCUCCCAAUGGAGAAACACAUCUCAUCUUGCUAAACCUGCGGCUCAAAACCGACAACUUGAUGGGGGCGCGAGAGGCAUAUAACCAAGCAAGACAUGUACAGCCUUGGGCUAAUGAAGCCAAGCCUCGCCUAUUUGGAGAAUUCCGCUUGGCAGUUAAUGAGUAUCUGGUGGCAUUGGCAGCGCAGAAACAGCCCGAUUUCAAGUUUAUUUCAUCAGUUCUCGAGUCCGUCGAAGAAGAUCAGAUGCGGCUUGAGCCAGACACUGUCGGCGUACUCUGCUUGAGAUUCCUAGAAAACGACCAGCACUUUGACGUCAUGGACAUGCUCUCCAUCUAUUCCUUCUUAUACAGCGAAACCGAGCGAGAGACUGUUCAAAACGCCUUUGUCUCCUUUUGCCUCGACCGCAGCACGAGCACAAAUCGAGCCUGGGCUGCGUAUCAACUUCUUCAACAGUUCUUCCAGGAUACCAGUUUCGAGCGGCGGGUAUCAUUAAUGAAUGCAUUUUUUGAGCGAAAACGCCCAGAUAUGGCUUCACAAGUCUUUGGGCAUAUGCGGGCACACCGAAACAAAUCGUACCAUCCUACAGUAGACACCUACAUCACAUGUCUAGAAGGCUUUGCCCGAUAUCCCGACGAAGAAGGCCUGGAAAUGGUUCACAAUAUGCUCAAGAUGGAUGUCUCGCUACAGCCAUCGACGAAGCUAUAUACCGCCUUGAUGCUGGCAUACACAGGCUGCGGCCAGCCACUAAUAGCGCUGGACUACUGGACCCAAAUCACACAGUCCAGAGAGGGUCCGUCAUAUGCUACUUUGCAGGCAAUGUUCUGGACGCUGGAGAGGAAAAGCGGCGGGCAUAAGCAAGCCCGAGAGGUUUGGCAAAAGAUUGAAAGAAUGGAUUUGGACGUACCUCCCAGCGUCUACAACGCAUAUAUCGGCGCUUUAGCGGGAAAUGGAAACGAAAAGGAGGUUCGAAGCCUAAUUAUGGGGAUGGCGUCCGUUGUCGGCUCAGAGCCAGAUGCCAUGACACUCGGCAUCACAUACAAUGCUCUGCCCGGACAGCAGCUUCAGAAAGGAUUCCAAGAGUGGGCCAAGGGACGAUACAGCGAUGCUUGGGCAGAGCUGAUGAAGGUGGGCCGGCGGAUGGACGAGUAUUCGCUGUGCCAAUUCAAAAUAGAACGGAUCAUGAAGGCUUAGAAGGCCAAAAGCUGAGUGUACAACAUGGAAGGAAAAAAUAUCAGCAUGACAUUGUAUAAUUGAGGGCGGCAUCUAUUGUACACAUAGUUCAGGGGGAAAUAUCUAGCUACAAGUAUAUAAAACAAUGUCUUGCGUGAGCGCCAUAUGCAUAGAAGGCAGCUCUAAACAGAAAAAAAAAAUACAAUCACACUGCGCCAUUUUUUAGUCCGUCCAAUCUCUCAUCUCCUCUCAGGGAAGAAGUUGUCCCUGACCAUUUCCGGGUGAGCGUGAAUAGUCGGGUACAGACCCAUGCCCUGAACUCGUCGGAUCAUCUUGGCAAUCUUGCGCUGGUUGACGGGACGAAGACUUGUGCCGGAUGAGUGAGUGAUUUGGCCAGAGGUUGAAGUGAAUUCCUGGAUCAAAGAAAAGUUCUAUACGCUGCAUUAGCUCUCGCUGCCUCCCCUGAUUUCUCGAUUCUAGACAAUAGAUGCCUAAUGAAGCCAUACCUUGUACAUAUCCAGAGGUCGAAUCCCCAGCGCAUCAACAACAUCCCCCCCUCUAGGCGACCUCUUCCUCCACUUCUGCAUCUCCACAGGACUCAUAUCAUGCGGCGAGUACACAUCACCGGCGUCCCACCUUCGCGGCAUCUGCUUGAGGUAAUCGUUCGAGUUCUUCUGGUUGCGCAUCAUAUCCAGCUGGGUCUGCUUGUUCCUCAGCGACGUCUGGCCCACGCGCUUAUAUCUCGUCAUCAAGUCCGACGCAGCCUCGCUGGGCUUGUGCGCCGACUGGCCGGAUCGUGAGGGGCCAG